AUGAGUUCGUCAUUCCUAGAAUUGGGAUCGGCUGAUUCAUCGGAAGCGGCGGCUCAGAAAGUAGCCCAGCAUAUCGAAUAUGCCGCGGAUACCGCUGACAUCUUCGAUAAGCUCACCCAAAAUGGUACAACACCCGUGUCUGGAUUAGGCGAGAAAUUCUAUGUCAAAGGGGAUCCCGAGUUUUUGUGCACGCGGAAAAUCCCGAUUCCCGGUGAAUUACAAAUGCAAAUGAAUAACGUUCAUUCGCAGUUCAGCAUGGGAUUUUUCACGGAAAUUAGUCGUGUAUGGGUUGUAAUCGACAAUAAUUUAUAUAUGUGGAAUUAUGAUACGAAUGACGAUUUGGCGUUUUUUGAUAAUUCCGACACAACUAUAAUGAAGGUUGCUCUCACAAAAAUGAAGGCAGGCGUGUUUGAAGCAGGCGUGCAAUACGGACUUGUUGUCGGAACUAUCAGCGAAAUUCUUUUAUAUCCCGUAUUCGAAGUUGAAGAAGGUGGACGUUCCAGCAUUAUCGUAGAUAGCAAUAGAAGAUUCCGGGUUUCACUUGACGGUGCUGUCAUUAAUGACAUUGUACACACCGCUAAUGGGCGAAUUUUCUAUAGUGCAAAUGAUCGGCUUUUUGAGUUUUAUUAUGAGAAACAAGACGGAUGGUUUGGAACCAGCCACAAAUGCAAGGCGAUAAAUCAAACUGCCACAAUUUUAGGAACAUUAAUCCCUGCACUGUUUUUCGGUAAUACCAAAGAAGGUCUUGAUCAAAUUACUGUAGAUCGUUCAAGGAAUAUACUGUACUGUCUUGGAAAAAUGGGAACAAUUAUUGUUUUCGAUUUGGGUGCUGAUGGAGAAGGAUGCACCAAAGUGUGCAGUGUGCCAUCGUCGAAAAUUGCGCAUGAAGCUAACCUUCUUACUCAAUACGGCCACGAUGAGUCGACGUUUAAAAAUAUUGUGUCAAUUCGCGCUAUUGAAUCCAAUCAGUCAUCACAAAUUAACUUGGUUGCCACCACCGUUAAAGGAGUUCGAAUGUACUUAUCGGUACUUACACGAAAUGUGAAUUCGAAUGUCAACAUUAUUGGUGGAUCCAAGAACGUGAUCCAAUCCGAAGUCCGUCCGCAAUGUUUGCGUGUUGCCCAUGUUCGAUUUGCUCCCGGUGUAACACCAACGAGUAUUUACGGAGAUGGUCCGAACGGAGUCUCAUUUGCCUAUGUCAAUGAAACAUUCUGCGCUAUGGCAACCGCCAACAGUCACAGUAUUUAUGUGUUCUCCAACUUUUUCUAUCCUACAGCGCGAACUUUUAUUGAGUCUGCGACGGACUGUGAAGUAUCGGGGCACGUUUGGGAGAUUGAAACGGUUACACAUCAGCGGAUUCAGAAGCGACCUCCUUUGCCAGGAGUUGUUGAGAAUGUGAGACCUCAUUCUUUUUAUAGAUCCCAGCUUGAGGAUAACGCCAAACUGCUUGUUUGCUCGAAUGAAGGAGUUUUUGAAUAUACUCAUUUGAACGCUGUUGAUGCUCUUCGAGAUGCUCUUUUUGAUGGAGGUGUCGAAGGAAAAGCGACUCUUAAGUUGUGGCAAAAGCUUGGCUCCACCGAAAUGCUAGUUUUGGCGUUACGAAUUUUGGCUAGCAACGUUCCACUAGAUGAGAGAAUAAAAAACAAGGCUGAACAAAUUUUGUAUAGUCUCAAAGAAGCUCCAGAAAUUGUUGAAAACGAUCAGAUGGAAUCGGAAUCUGUUUGGUCACCAAAUGAAAGUAGUAUUGCUGAUUGGAAGAAUAAAAUGAAAUCUCCCCUUCUUUCAUCAACUCCUAGAACUACAGAUUUUGGACAUAAAACUGCAUACAACUCGCCGUUUUCGCCUAUGUUGAGUACGUCUAUGACGAGUGGAGCAAAAAACAUGCGAAUGUCACCGUCGAGAAGACAUGACGCACUUUUCUAUUAUUUCUCUCGCUUGGUUGCUCCAAUGUGGAAUGAUACGAUUUGCGAAGUUUUCAAUGGAAAGCAUCUCCGUAUUACUUUCAACCCAACUCACUUGAUCUUGAUGAAAGAUGAAGUAUCAACAUUGGGGAAACUCAUGGAUGACUAUCGAUUGGUUCCUUCUGUUGACUUCCAAAGUCAUGUUACAAAUCCAACCGAUAUUCUGAACGCUGAAGCAUAUUCGUUGGAACGACAAUCGCUUAUGGGUUUACGCAAGCUGGUUGAGGCCACCGUGGAGACAUUAUCGCUCUGGAUUCUCGCUUUUGAAUACAAUUUGGAAGCUAUUUCGUUUGGUAUGAAUCCUGCAAUUCUUCCCAAUUUUGCCGGUCGAAAAUUAUGCCAAUUAGUCGCCGAUGGAAGUAAUCUAAAUGCUGAAUUGAUUCGCGCUAUGAUAAAGUAUUUCCUUGGAGAUGAAGCAGGAACGAAACAACUCUCUGAAAAUUUGAGAUCUAUGUGUCCUAACCUAUAUUCUGAGGAUGAUGCUUGUGUAACUCAUGGAAUGGAACAGCUCGAAGCUGCGAAAAAACUUGGAGCAGGAGCAUCUCGGCGUCGCCUCGUAACUGCGGCCGUCGACAUGUUCAAACAAUCAAUUGGCAAGGUGGUGCUCUCCUCGACAUGCCAACAGCUCGCAGAAACUGUCGGGGCGUACGAAGAAGUCGUUGAAUUGUGUCUUAUGCGUGCUAACAAAGAUGAUCCGAAGCAAUUGGCGUUAUUGGCUUAUAAACAUGGAAGAAACGGAGCCGAUACGGAAAUGAGAGUCGCUGAAAAGAGAAGAGCUGACUGCUACAAAGUGAUCACUGAUGAGCUCGAUCGCCUGGAAGAAGAAGCUUCGACUCUUCACGGCGCUCACAGCGACGCUGCUCUCAAUCGUGAUUUGAUGAUCACUGCGGUAAUGAAUUCGGAGGAUCAACUUGCACAUGCUGCGAUAUUCCGUUGGCUGCUUAGCAAAAACAAGACAAACGUCAUUCUUCAGAGCAAAUCGCCAUACAUUGAGUUCUUCCUUAUACAGGAAAUCAAUACUGGUCGCGGUCAAAAAUAUUUCGAUUUGUUGUGGAGAUUCUACGAAAAGAGCGGAAGCUAUGAGAAGGCGGCGAAAUUGUUGAGCAAAUUAGCCGAGAAUGAGAACUACGAAAUCUCGUUAUCGCAGCGUUGUGCUUAUCUUUCGCAUGCGAUUAUGUGCGCACAAUCAUGCAAAGAUACUGCUGUUACGGAAAACAUUGAAGAAUUGAGGGAUCGUUUGGAAGUUGCCAACAUUCAACUAAGCAUUAAGGAAGCGUUGGAUUGUCCUUCAACACGAAACAAGGAGAUUGUCAAACUACUCGAUGGUCCGAUAAUGUCGCUCCAAGACCUGCUUGUUCGCUAUGUGCUUCCUUUCAAACUUCACAAAAUUCAACUGUCAAUCUACUAUUGCGCCAACAUGUACGUAGAAGAACGGAUUUUCGAAACAUGGGAGAAUAUAAUUCAAGAAGAGUUUGCGACGUCGCAGAAUGAAUCGUCAUUGUGUGAAAAUUUGAUGCGCACAAUUGGUGAUUUAAAUGCGAUAUACAGAGAAACCAACUACUUCCCAAAAGAUUUCAUUAUUCGGCGAGUCUUGGAAAUCGGUUCCGGUGGAAUAACAGCUUCUCAGCGCAUAGUUCUCCCCACAUCUUUCUAUCCACCUUUUUGUAAACAUAUCGAAAUAACUCAUUUGGAAUUCCUUAAAAUUGCCUCUGAUGAAUUCAGAAGUGGUGGUGAUGCUUGGUGGACACAAAACGAAAGAGGACAAGAAUAUAUCACGCAAGUUGUGAAACGCAUGGCAAAAGCUGUCAUCCAGGAUCUCGAGUCAAAUCCAUUGACGAAGAACAAAAAAUCUGUUGCCAAUGAGUGUAUCACCCAUAUUCUUCCGUUCAUUCGCCGUGCUUGCGACGUUUCUUCUUCCCAGCAAAUCCAGACAAUAGGGGCUGAGCUCACCGCCAUUCAGCACCGUCUGACCGCUUUUUCUUCGUAA